GGGCAUUCCUACUCGGGACAUUUCUAGUUUCUACUCUUUCGACUCUACUAACACUUUCCACACCGUCUCUUCCAAUUUCCCUGUUUUCUCCUCUCACAUCAAUUUUCCAUUUAUCGCUAAUUUUCGAUUUUGCGUCUAAUCGAUUCCAAAUUUAGCAAUAAGGGUUUCAAAACUUUUUGUAAUUUUCCGUCUGCGAUGAAGAUCGAGGAAUUAGAGGAUGCAGAGUGUAGUAGGGAUGAAGAAGAGAAUUUUGAGAGGCAAAUUGUUAGGGUUGAUGCAAAGAGAGCGUUGGUAGGUGCAGGUGCACGGAUCUUGUUUUAUCCAACACUUCUAUAUAAUGUGCUUCGUAACAAAAUUGAAACUGAGUUUCGGUGGUGGGAUCAAAUUGAUGAGUUUUUGUUGCUGGGCGCAGUCCCGUUCCCUAAAGAUGUUCCUCACUUGAAGAACCUUGGUGUUGGUGGUGUAAUUACUUUGAAUGAACCUUACGAAACUUUGGUACCAUCGUCGUUGUAUCAUGCUCAUGGAAUCGAUCAUUUGGUAAUUCCCACUAGGGAUUAUCUCUUUGCCCCUUCAUUUGUGGAUAUCAGCCGGGCUGUGCAGUUCAUUCAUCAUAAUGCAACUUGUGGUAAAACAACUUAUGUUCACUGUAAAGCUGGGAGGGGGAGGAGUACAACAAUUGUGCUUUGUUAUCUGGUUGAAUACAAGCAUAUGACACCUGUUGCUGCCCUGGAGUACGUGCGAUCUCGAAGACCAAGAGUGCUAUUAGCACCGUCACAGUGGAAGGCUGUUCAAAAUUAUUACAAGCAAAGACCUUGUCCUUUACCAUGCUCCCCCUCUGGGGAUGCAGUUCUCAAACACAAAGACCCUGUUCAAAACUACAACAAGCAAAGACCUUGUCCUUUGCCACACUCUCCCUCUGGGGACACAGUUGUCAUAACCAAAGAUGAUCUUGAAGGCUAUCAUAGCACAUCUGAUACUAGUAUAGAGCUGGCUAUUGUUCCUAAAGUGCCAAAGACCAAGCCCAUGAUAGCAAGACUAUCCUGCUUGUUUGCAUCCUUAAAAGUAUCUGGUAGUAGUGUACCAAUGACAAGACGACUGCCAGUUUCUGAGUCACGUGCUUGCUAAGCCAGCUUGACACCUCGUAUGUCAAGCAGGUGGCCUGUACAGAAGACAAUACUGGAAAUAAGUGAAUAAUUUCCCACGAAGUCGGUGCAACUGUGUUACAUGAAGAGAGGGUGCAUAGAAAGAUAGAGGGAAGAUGAUGUUUACAAGUUAAAGUGGAACAUCAUGUAGUUUAUCUUGUACAUAUAUUUACUUUUGCACGUUUGUUAAUCCAAGUGAAAUCCUUGUUCAAGUUUAAAGUAUUAAUGGUGUGAAAUCUAUAGGAUUGUCUGGUGGUGGCUAAAUGAUUACUUGUCUUAACUCA